CGAGAGCUGCCGCCGGCUGAGAGCUGCCGUGCUGAGAAGCACGAACGUGCAUGGACGAGCAGCAGCCCAUCUCUCCCGUCACCUCGGUCCUCCUCGGGGGCGCAGCCGGCUCCAUCGCCGAGGUGGUCGUGCUUCCUGCGCUGGUCGUGCGCACGCGGAUGAUGGUGCAGGGAGCGGACCGCUCGCUCACCGCCUACUCGUCCUUUGGAGAUGCCAUCCGCACCAUCUACCGCACUGAGGGUGUCGGCGCCUUCUACAAGGGCCUCGGGCUCAACGUGCUGUUCACACCGCUCGCGCGUGGACUGUACAUGGCGGGCGCCGAGCUCAGCAAGGAGACGCUCGGCGAGGGCACAGCGCUCACGGACUUUGCCGUGGGGAUGAACGCCCAGCUCCUCGCCUCGAUCGCCUACAUCCCUCGCGACAUCGUCGUGGAGCGCUGCGCGAUCGACGGUCAGCUCAAGUCGCAGGUCGGCUCGACGGCGAGCAGCGCGGCGGCGCUGCGCACCAUCCUCUCCGCCGAGGGGCUCGCGGGCUUCUACCGCGCCUUUCUGCCGCACCAGCUCGUCUGGGUGCCCUUCAACGGCAUCUUCUUCGCCGCGCUGGGCAAGCUCAAGGAGGCGGAGGCGGCGCUCGGCGUGAAGACGGAGGAACGCUAUCUGCUCGGCGUCGCAAACACCUUUGCGAGCGCCGGCGUCGCCGCCGCGGCGACCAACCCGAUCGACGUCGUGAAGACGCGGCUGCAGGUGGCGGGCGCCAACCCGGACGUCUUCAGCUACCGCGGCCCGAUCGACUGCCUCGCCAAGCUGAUUCGCGCGGAGGGGCCGGCGGCGCUCUUUGCGGGGCUGGUGGGCCGGUUUCUGUACGCCGGGCCGGGCUUCGCGAUUUUCCUGCCGACGUAUGAUGUGCUCAAGCGGCUGGCGCUGAGCGGAGCCGGAGGCGCUCCCCGGUUGGGCGGCUGAGGCGCCCAAGCGUGUUGGGCGUUCUGAACAUUUCUUGUUGUCCUAACAGGGCGGGGUUGUAUUAUUUUGUGUAUCUGAUCUUGUUACUUGUACUUGUUGAUAUGUCCGAGCGCACAU